AUGGCAGAGCAAAAUAAGGACGAUAAGAAGGAGCAGCACCUGGAGGACCAAUACGAAAAUAUACCACGAUCGGUAGAUCAUGGUCUGUCUGUGUUGAAAGGUGUGUCCCUGAUCAAAAUCCACGAGGUGAAAAAUAACCUGGAGGAUAGGUAUAGUACCGAUAGUGAAAGCUCAUUAAACAAGCUGAUUUAUAAAUUGUCUAGUCCUGUUCAGGAGAAGAUUCCGCAGACCCCAGAGAAGUUAUUGGAUGAGAAGUCCGUUGAUGUCGCCAUCUUAGAGAAAAAUGAAUCAUCAAAAACGAUCCAGCAGGGGACAGAAUCGAUUUGUGAAACAGACUUGCAUUCUUAUUGUACUGUGCCCAAUCCCGAAGUGGAAACAUCACUUCCUCUAUUGCUUUUGGAGAAUACUUCAGACCCCCAAGCUUCUGCCUUGGGUGAUGCCGAUCGAGUCCCCACGGAAAAAGAGAACGAGAAGGAGCUCAGCGAAACGAUCCGCAAGAAUUCCCUCUUGGCAAUUAACGAAAUUCACGACAAUGUGUGCUACAUACGAUGCGACGAUGGUACCAUUCACGAGGGACAAUUGCUUCAAUUUCGAAAAUCAAAUAACCCUGAUAUCCCCGACCAAUACUACGUGCGUUAUAUUGGUCUGAACAAAAAACUAGAUGGCUGGGUGGACGUUCAUCGCAUAUCUGAAAGGGCGGAGGAUUUGGAAAAGAGUUUGCCAGCCAAGAAGAUGCAGAACAUGACUAACCUCCAGAAGAAUCAAGAGCUCAAAAUCAAGAAACUAAACCACAAAUCAAAAACAACCAAAAACAUUGAAAAAGUUCAGUUUGGACGUUACGAGAUCGAAACCUUGUACAGUAGUCCCUAUCCUGAUAAAUACGCCAAGGUGCCGAUCAUCUACGUUUGUGAAUUUUGCCUGAAGUACAUGUCCUUGCGAAAAAGCUACUCAUAUCACCUGUACGACUGCAAGCAGAGAAAGCCGCCGGGGUACUUAAUAUACCGAAAGGAAGACAUCUACAUCUACGAGGUAGAUGGCGACAAGGAUAACCUCUACUGCCAGUUUCUUUGCCUGUUGGCAAAGCUCUUUCUUGAAAACAAGGGCUUGUUCUACGACCCGACUCCGUUUUAUUUUUAUAUUAUGUGCGUGAAGGAUCAGGAUGGCGAGCAUAUUGUGGGCUACUUUGCCAAGGAUAAAGAUUCGGAGGAGAACUUCAACGUGAACUGUCUCCUUGUUUUACCGCCCCAUCAGCGGAAGGGAUAUGGGAAGCUGCUGAUCGCCUUGAGCUACGAGAUCUCUCGCAAGGAGGGCUUCAUCGGCGGUCCAGAGAAGCCGCUGUCGGAUAUCGGCCGGCUUUGUUAUCGCAGCUUUUGGGGCUACACCAUUCUCGAUUUGUUAAGAAACUGCUCCUCGACGGAGCAGAUAACCAUCAAGGAAAUUAGCAAAUCGACUGGGUUCUUGCAGGAGGACAUCUUAUACACUCUAAAAGCUAUAAAGAUGAUCAAGUACUUUGAAGACCACCACAUUAUCUGCACUAUGCCGAGCAUUAUCGAAGCACGCCUCAAACUGCCGCAGUUGAGGAAGCCAAGGCUGACAAUCGACUCCAAAUGCCUCGCGUGGAAGGCCCAUACCAACACUACUGACUAA